UGCGCUUGCGCUAGCAACUGCCUGGGCAGAGACACUGGCCAGCCCCACUGUCGCCAAGGUAACAGACUCUCUGGAGCCGCCAUGGCCUCGGGAACUGGAGGGAGCUGGGGUCCUCCACCAGCUCAUGACACAGCCCCACAGCCUGCGCCUGGCCAGCCUGUCCCCCUCCACCAGCCCUGGGUGGCCAUCCUGCAGCCUCCCUCCUGGGCAGACCCACAGCCACCCCAGCAGCCAGGCCGCUGGAAGGAAGACCUGCUGGAGCUGAUGAUGCUGCAGAACAUGCAGAUGCACCAGCUGCUGCUGAGCAGCCUGGUGGCCUCAGAGCUCAGCCCCAGGCCAGCGCCAUGCUGCCCUCAGGUCUGUCUGGAGGGGCAAGAGGACAGUGCGGACGAGGGGCCGCUGGAGGCCCAGGAGGAAGGGCCUCUGGAGCUCCACCACCACCACCUGCCCGGCCCGGGGCCGGCGCUGGGCGCCCUGCCGCCCUGGCCGGCCUGGGUCCUGUGCCCUCCGCCACAGCAGGCCCACGUGCAGGCGGAGCUGGUCCAGCAGCUGGUCACGGAAGACAGGGACGGAGACACCUGUGGUGAACCCCGAGGCCACCUGUGGUGUACCCCGAGGCCACCGGAUGGGUCUGUCUUUUGUCUUCCUCACCUCAGGAGAGCUGUGCCGCCCCCCCCUCCGCCCAGUGCCACGGGGACUGUGGGGGCCGAUGUACCUCCGGCUCCAGACUACUACGAUGCCGAGAGCUUACUGUGA